AUGGUAGAUGAAAUAAGAUCAACUACAGAUUAUUAGGCACGUCGUAUUCUUAAUAAAACACUACCACUUCAACAUUUCAAGAUCACAAGGCCGGAGCAAAUUGCUAAGCCAUUGCUGAAAUAUUAACAUACGUUUAAUAAUUCAGUGAUUUGUAGCUCAGUUUCGUGGCAAGGAAAGUUAAUAAAGGAUUAUAAACAAAAAGGCAAACGCUUCAGUAAGGCGACAGGUGGAGCAAAUAGUUUAGUCAUACUUCGGCUGAGAAACAGGAGCCGUUUAUAAGUAGAAUCGUUGCGUAAAGUAGAGGCAGAAGAAUCAAAUGUCCAGGUACUUCUCUGAGCUUAUAACCACUAAAUUCUUAUUUGACAAACUAUUUUUAUUUUUCUGUUUUAUUUUUAAGCUUCUUAUAUAUCGAAUUGAAUUUAUUUACACUCGUACACUUAUAUCCUCAGAGUAUAAUUUAACAACAUUUACUUGACAGACUUUGAGGUAAAGAGGAAAAUCGAUACAUUUAUUCCUCUACAAUUGUUUUUUUGUUUUCCUGUUUAAAUAAGUCACAAUAUCCACCACUGUCCUCUUUACAUGGAAAACAAUUUUAUUAAAAUAUUGAAUUGUUUGCAUAUUUCAGUACUCACAAGGAAAAGCGAAUGGCCCUUGGCACCACAAUGCAUUUGCACUUUUUGUUGCUUGGGCAGUCUCUACUGCGUUGGGAAUUUAUCAGUGUAAACCUUUGCUAAUUUAUAAUUUCAAACCGAGGCUUAGUUGCGAAAUUUGCUCUUGAGACGUGAACAAGUGUAACCUGCAGUGUGUUAGCUUUAUUGAUAGUUGGGAUGGAAAAAGCUCAUAUGUCAUAUGCUUUAUUCCUUCCUCAAUUAUGUUCUUCCUAAAACUUGUGAUAAACUAACAGCGGCAUAGAAUGGAAGAAUUUUUUUCGUGUGCAGUAAUUUUUAUGCAAAUUUUCUGUCAUAGUAUCAGAACUGGCCUGACUGCAUGCAAGCCCAGAACAGACUCGAAGUUUUUUGGGAGAGGUAAGUACAUCAAUGGGCAAAAAAACGCGUAUACGUAUUUUGUUAUGUUUGUGUACAAUAAGGUAAAAACAGAACAAACGGAGAUGAAUUAAUUACUAUAAUAUGUUUUUCACAUGCUAUUACUUAGAAUUAAGAUAAUACACAAAUUUGGCCGAGCAAUACUUCCAAUGGAAGUUAAGAUUGCAAACACGACUGUAAAAGGGAAUUCUUUUACUUUUGAUUUUCUCUCGCCGUUUAAAAUUUAACCCCGUCAACUCACUCUUCUUCAUACUAGCACAAAGUUUUGCCCCACACAAGAGGUGAUAGACCUAUCUCGUGCAGGAUAAUUAUCUUGUAAAGUAGUGCUUAAAAUUUACUAAAAAUGACACCCCUCCUUGAGAACCAGUCUCAACAACAGCUCUGAAAAUAAGAAAUACGAGGGAUGCAUUUCUUUAUUAUUGCACACAAAUAUUAGCUACAACAAAAAAUCAGUCUCGAUCCCUCUGCUAGAAAACUAUUACCACUGUCUAGCUCUUUUAAGACAUCUUUCCCAACAGUUCCUAUUAUAAUGUAUUCACAAUUUUAAUCUAUCUACUGAUAUCUGUCCUGCGGAGGCCAAACAGAAAUUAAUCAGUUAGAACAUUACUCCAAGGUAACCACAACCUUUUUCCCUUUCCUUGCGCAAAAACGAUCAGCGCAAAAGACUGAGUUUUCUAGAUACUGAUGAUGGUACAACUCUAAGUUUGCCCGGAAAGUAAGCAAAAUAAUAAUUUAUUUAAAACGUUUUACUGGUUUAAUGUCAAAAUUUUAAGACAAAAAUAUAUUUAAUUUUUUUUCGAAGGAGGGCAUCUUGAGACACCUACUGAUUGGCCGGCGAUCUCUUAAAAUCUUUGAAGUCGUAAAUUUAGUAGCAGAAUCUUAGUCAUGUCUGGCUAUUAUUUAUGAAGGUCUACCGUCUUGAUCUAUUAGUUUUGAAAGAAAUGGAAAUCAAGCAUCAGAAUGUUCAGGAAAAAUUCCGAGCUCCAGAUGAGAUUCGAACGUACGUUAAAUUGGACGGAAGCACCCAAUAACAAAGCCGGUUUUCUGAAAUCCAUUACGCUGGCCAGCCUAGCCUGACUUUUUGGGGGGUCUAAAUUAUCGUUUCUGACAUUCAUUUGGCCCUCUGAACAACUCUUUAUGCAUUGUAACACUUUGGCGAAUGAAAUAUGCGUAAAAUUGAUUCCAUCAUUGGCUAGUAUUAAGUUAAAAUGUGGGUGUGGAAACUUUUGGCUAUAAAUGUCUUCAAACUUUUGGUCUUAAAUCUUUUUAUUCCGUUUUUCAUAGAUAUUCUUACAGCUACAGGAUUAUGUUGCUUCAAGUAGCUUUGUUCAUUACACAUUGUAAGUAUCUUAUUGUUGUUGUUGUUGUUUUCGUUGUUAAGUAAAGCAUUAUGAAACGACGCGGCUCUCAAAUGAAACUGCGCUUCAGGCGUUUUGGGCAAGCGAGGUAACACGUAAAUGAAGUCCUUCCUCUUUCCUCACGGGCGGAUUCUUCUCGUGUUAGCGCGCCCAGUUUUACCAUUUUCAACAGAUCAUACAGCGGCCCCCCGUCUUUCUCUUGCCUUUUCGCUUCAAAAGCAUCCACCAAAUAAGAGCGGCAUCCUUUCUGCUUCACUGUAACUCUAAUUGAUUAAGAACAUAUUUAAAGAUGAAAUGAGAACACGGCAGAUAUCGUUAUUUUCUUUUAUUGACUGACCUUUUUUGCAUUGUAAUUGUUUUCUAAAGAAUCAAAGAAAAAGGAAGUUACUACAGUAGUAAUCAGCUAUUCCCAAAUAGUACAGUUUUAGAUAAGCACCGCAAUAACAAAUUGAAAACUUCAAUGCUCUUGAAAGCAAAUUUAAGAAUAACCAUCAUUUUGUUCUGUUUCAGUUGCUGUUUCCAGAGCAGAAAGUAAGUUGAACAAAAUGUAACGUUUUUUUACUUUCUAGUUAGCAUAUCCUGUACACUAAGCAAUUCACUUCUUAAAGGCGUAACAAACACAAGUUGCGUAACAAACGUUGCGUGGACCUCUGCAUUCAAACAGUUUUUCCUAAACACAAGUGGUUACUGAGUAAUUAUAAAAAUAAGAUGAAUACUAAAGUAUGACGACUAUUUGAUUCAUUAUAAUUUGGGCGAUAAUCAACAGUUUGGGCGAGCAUCGUGGGCAAUUCUCAGAAUCUGAAAAAUUAUUUGUGUGAGGUCCAUAAAGGGGCCAACGAGAACUGGGACUGGCCUGCGGGUUUUUGCCCUGGGAAAAUGGGAUUUCAGACACUAAGCCUAGGGCAGGGGAGCUGAGGGAAGCCACAAUUGUACUAUAGAUAUAUCAAGACGAGGUUUAACUAAUUCCCAAAGUCAAUGAUUCGUCAGCAAAACAUUAAGAAAAUCAUUGAAGGGUUUGUACAUUAAGUGACAGAAACUUUCAUUUCUUUUAAAAUUGUCACUUUUCACAAGAAGGACUUGUCACUUCUCGGGUAUCAUGGAUUUUCUUUCAGGUUACACUUAGAAAGAAAUAUUUACAUUGUUUCGAUCUCUGACAAGAAAAUAGGAUGGACAGGCCGUUCACUUUGCCGGCUAUAAAAUCCUCUUAAAAGCAGUGAAGCAUGUCAGAGCAAACUUUAUUCACCACAAACAAACUGCGAAAUCGUCACACGAACAGAAGAAGAUACCUCUCCUCUCCUUUCCACCUACCCAAUUUUCUUGCGAAUUCCAAAAAAAAAAAUCACAAGAAUUCUGAAAACUGGGAUUUGCUUCUCUGUUUACUUUUUUUAUUAGAAAGCAAACUUUGAAGCAAAUGAAGUCACCACCUUAUCAUGGUGGGACAGUUUGCGUGUCUCAAUGAUCCAUAGAGCUACGUCGGCUGAAGUCUUGCACUCCUGGACUAAGGGUAGAGACCAGCCAGAGAGUGACCCCCUGGUCCUCCAGGUUGGGCAAACGACCCUACCACACAAAAACACUAACUGUUACAGAAACAAGAAGCGUUGCAAUCUCGUUCCCAGAGGCCGCGAUCCUUUUGGUCGGCGACGGGGAUCGGGAUUUUUCCGGCGCAUGACAAAAGGGACCCCUGGGGACGAGGCUGGAAGCGUUGAUAAUGAGACAACACUCACUGAGAGUGUUGGUCAGACAGCAAGGAGGCUUUUUGCGGCUACUGGCGCGAUGAGACGUGAUGAUGAUGGUGAUAAAACUUUGAAGCAAAGGACACACCUACACCAUCCCAACGCUUGGCCAGUACCUCACGCAUGCGCCCAGCCAUAUCACCCAGGCAGUGGCAGCCAUGGACAGCUGUUUCACUUUUAUCAGGCCUUAUCAGCUUAUCAGACCCCUGUACGGUCAUCUAAGCUGUGUUCAGAGGCCCUUUACUACCGAGCCGAGUGCAAAGCACUUCUUUAAACGCCAGCUCCGCCGUCACAUAUAGAAGCUGUUGGCUGGAAACCAAACGACAUCUCUCCCACGACAUGUGUUGGGAAAGCUGAUCAGUAUUUCUGUCGAUCUGUGUAAGCAACUUCAUUCCCAGACCUUUUUCCUUGUAAACUGGGAUAAACCGGAACAAACCUGGGGAUGAGGUUGGGUUUAUAACAAUAAAUAUAAAAAUAUAAAUGAUUUGUGUAGAAGAAGAAGACAUAGACAUUUAAAGUUUUAUUAACGAAACUGUAAGGCAUGUUCUUUUGCAUAUGCAUGGUAUCUCUCAAAACUUCAAAACAAAUCCACACUCUCCAUCUUUUAAAAACCCGAACUAAAAUUGGCAAAUGAUACCAACAUUGUAUUGCAGAUAGAAGCUGCGAGCAAGAUUGGUCAUAUUAUCAUAGGAGCUGUUAUUUCCGUGAUGUGGACAGUAAAACAUUUACUGAUGCCCAGGCCAACUGUGAAUCGAAACAAGCCAAUCUUGUAACUGUCAAUGAUAUUCAUGAGCAGGAAUUUCUGAAGACUUUCAUGGGAAACGCUGGGGGUUGGAAUGGUCUCAACAGUCAAAACAGCACAAACAACACAUUUGAGUGGGUCAGUGGAGAGAAGGUUAACUUUACUUACUGGAUAAAAGGUCAUCCAAACACAAAAAAACACUGUGUUCAUAUGUAUAAAGACAAAAACUUCAAGUGGCAUUCGAGGGUAUGUUCAACUAAACGCAAGUCGGUUUGCGAAAAAGGUUUGUUGCGCCUUGUUAUAGGGCAAUCAAAGAAUCUGCAUCUCCUACGAGAUGCAGAUGUUUUUUAUUCUCGAGAAAAACUCACUGACAUUGACGAAACAGAAAUAGAUAUUACUCAUCUCAAAAUUUCAUCUCAAUAUUUGUGUUCAUCAGGGCCAUUAGACAGGUGACUACCCACCUUUCUCCUCUGUAAACACAGGCGACCCAAGCUCAAUUUAGUAAACAAUAGGCAAACAACAACAACAACAUAAGCUUUAUUUGCAUGACUAUAAUUAUGUAGUUACAGUAUUGCAAAAGCUUUAAUAUAAAAAAAACAAACAAACAAACAAACAAACAAAUCAUAACAAGGAUAAUGCAAUGAUGACUGUAGUCAAUCAAGUGUCAUCAGCAUGACUUGAUAACAAAUUAUUACGUAAAUCAUUACAUAAUGAGACAAAUUAGGCGAUUAUAGAAAUAUCGUGUGGUGUUGUGUAACAAGGUCGUUCAACGGAAGGAUUAGCCGUAUUUAUACUAGAGGACGUCUAAGACGUCUUAGACGUGCCCUACUCUUUACGAAGAGUGUGUGGGUUCUCAGUUAACUUCCCACAGAUUUUUUAUUACAUGUGCAAGGGCUUGUGAGACGGGGGCCUAACGGUUUAUCGUCCUUAUCCGAGAAGACUAGAAAGUCAAACCAUGUUGAUCCGGCCGGAGUUUGAACCUACGGCCUCCCGCUCAGCAGACAGGCGCUUAUCCCAUUGAGCUAACCGGAACAGUUUCGAUCCACGGUAAAUCGUCGAGAUCCGCAGAAAUGGGGCUAAAAUGCAAAUAAAAGACGAGGAAUGCAACAUGGAAAGACGUCAAGUUAACUUUUAAACAAAAAUUAUAGUUAUUUUUUUUAAUUAAAUCAGUCGCGAUCCCAUAAAAACCUUUGUAAUCUUUGAACCGAUUGUUGUAACUCAGAUAUGUUUGAUGUGAAGUAUAAAUGAAAUAAUUCAUAAUAAUUCAUGAAUUAUUUCAUUUAUACUUCACAUCAUUUCACUCCUCAUGGGAGAUAUGAACUCAAUAAAUUGACCUCGCUCCCAAUGUGUGGCUUCAUAGCUCAGUUGGUAGAGCAACGCACCGGUAACGCGGAGGUCACGGGUCCGAAUCCCGUUGAAGCCCUGAUUUUUUUCAGGCUUCUUCUUUCCAAUUGCUUAAAUUGGAAAAUUUACUGCGAUGAUCAUUCUUCACUUUCACAUAUGUUUGCUCGCCCAUACAAUCCUUCCGUUGAACGACCUUUAUAAAUUGAGCUUGGGCCGCCUGUGCUAUAUACUGAUUAUAAUCACGUGUCUUAUCGAAGUGUCAUAUAUUCCUGUGACUCCACAAAUAGCACCGUGCAAGGAAUGCCCAUCACCUAGCAAAAGCAACGAUGAUCUAAUCUGGAGACCCAUUCCCAUAAUAGGACCAAAGCUUAGAUGAAACUUUAUAAGAUUUUAUCAAGAGUAACUUAAAAGUUACCCUGCACUUAAAACUUAGGUCUCUUUCCAUUAAAAUUAACUUUUCUUAUGUGAGAAACUCCUUUCGGUUAAAGUUGAACUUGGAUUGCUCAACUCGCUAUUACAUUACCAUGCGAACAGCCUGAGCUCUGAGUACUUUGUAAAGAGUGCACUGUAGUGAGCCUUGAAACUGUUCUUAGUGUUUCCCUUGCCAAGUGAAUCGCCUACUCUAUAUAAUGCCGACUCCCAAAGGGUAUUUAGUCUUUAUAUCUUGUAGUUAGGGAGACCACCUUAAAGGGGCUAUGUAUUUUCUAUCUUUCUAAAAAGCUAAAACUUGUCUUGGCAUCAUUCGAACUCCCAAAAAUGACCUAGUCUUAGCAUUUAAGACUAUAUUUAGGCAUUGAAGCUGUACCACUCACUAAUAGUGGGUCGACUACUAUUGUAACACUAACUACUAAUGUAAUAAAUAUCAACCACUAAUGUAAUACAUAUAUCUUAUGGGAGUUUAGUGUGUAGUGUCGUGGGAUAUUUUUACGAGUCACGCCGUAUUUUGGCGAGCCCGUAGGGCGAGUCAAAAUACAAGAUACGAGUAAAAAUGUCCCACGAUACUACACACUAAACCAACUGGUUAGAGAUUUAUUAUUCAACUCGAAAUGUUUUAAAAUAUAACUCAGUAGACUCAGUAAAUACAUAAAACGAGAACGCGUGACUGAUUAACGCGACUCCUUUCUAAGUCCAGUUCUAGCGCGCUUUAGGCAACGUUGUUAUUGAUUGGUCUAAAAUGAAAACUUGUUAAACGAGUUUUAAUUCUCAGCAAAGCAAAUUUUGGCGAAUUUCUUGGGUUUUCUUCGGCGCCUCGGAGAACGUUUCAAAUAUUUGCUAGGAAAACAGAGAUGGAAUGACAAAUAAUUGUGAGGCUAAUAGGAAGGUCUUCCGGUUCUUAUGUAAAACCGACUGCAAGAGGGUAAACUGAGCAGAGCAAAUGGCGAUGCAAAGACCAAACAUCUCCCGCGAAAUUGAAGGAGCUACUCGUAAAAAACGUAACGGACUUGAAACCUCAUCUUGGCCUGGAUUAGUACUAACGUUAAGUCUUUAGAAGACGUCUAAAGUCUUCCCUAUCGAGUUUCCUCACAUUUGAAAAGGGCUAGAAGUGGAGACUGUUACGCUCCUCGGGGGACAUUGAAUAAAUCAACGUUGUUUGUGUCACGGAUUGUCGCCGUCACCUUGCAUCUAAUGCACACGUUCAGGUCUGUUUUGAUCUUCUCUGUUGUAGAAUUUUGAACUUAUAAUGUUUGUAUGUUCUGACUGUUUUUAAUUAAUGUCGAAAUUUCAUUGUUGAGGCAACUUUAUUCUGACAACACGGUUUCUGAUUCAACCUUUAUACAAUUUCGGGAAACGAUGCAUUAUCUGCCUUGGGCGACGUUUGUAGAAAACGACUCAAACCGGUCUUCUGGAGUACAAAUACCGUGAGAUAUUUGUACUCGUUUUGGGUGUUAUUUGUACUCUGCUGAGUGAAGUUGAAUAAUAAUAACCAUUACUGUACUAAAUAUCAACCACAAAUGUAACAAAAAGUUAACCACCAAUGUAAUAAUUUUUUAACCUUUAAUGUAACCGCCGCGCGGUUAGCUCAGUUGGAAAAGCACCGGUCUGCUGAGCGGGGAGGUCGUGACUUCAAACCCCGGCCGUCGGGGCCGCACCAUCAACCAAGGUCUUUAAAAAACUGUUGAGAUCAUUCUAGCUGUGAAUGCCCUUUCUCAGUUCAGAUGACCGCGUCAUUGGGCGGUGACGUUAAGCCGUUGGCCUUGUCUCCUUCAUCCUUGGACUUCAGUUGGAAGGGGACGUAAAAGAACCUGUAAAAUUGCUCGAAAAGAGUAGGGGACGUAGGCGCCGAUGUCAUGGUGUAUCUGACUUGUACCGUCAUCGGUCUGGGGGGACGAGGUGUGAUCAAAACAAGGACUGAAGUGGCUGCAAGAGUGCACCUUUACACGCUGACGUCCGAUCUCACCUCUCUGUUUCCUCCGCAAUUCAGCCAUUGGCUGCAAGUGAAGAAAGCUAGCACCGUUUAUUUUUUUAUUUUUUUAAAAAAAGAACUUAAACACUAAUGCAGUAACAUUGCGACCAUUAAAGUAACAAACUCAAAAACACUUGGUGGCAUUUGAUUUGCAAUAUAUACGCACACUAACAUAUGAACCUCUACAGUGAUACAAAGUAUUAGGCAACGGACGCGUGACCAACGCUGGGCGUUGAAACGGCAAUGCCUGGCAUCAAAGCAGGAGGUCGCAUCAGAUUUUUUUAUAAAUCCUAAUAAUUCUACAUAACCAAUCAGCUGUUCUCUUUGAGUUUCUUACAUUAAUGGUCACAAUGUUAUUACAUUAGUGGUUAAGUUUUUUAUUACAUCAUAGGUUAAAAAAUUAAUACAUUGGUGGUUAACUUUUUGUUACAUUAGUGGUCGAUAUUUGUUACAAUAGUAGUUAGCGUUACAAUAGUGGUCGAUUAUUACCCCGGGGGAGGGGGACUUCCCAUAUGAAAGGGGUGGGGAUACUUGUCGUCUCGCUUAGGGGUAUAAAUUUCGGUCUCACUUAGGGUGAUCUGGGCAAAACGCCAUCAUAUUUAGCCGUGAAGGUCUCGUUUACGGUUGCACGCGAAAAAAUAUAAAAUAUAUAUAUAUAUUGUCUGUGUUUUAACAUGGUCUCUUUUACGGGUCAAAAAAAGCUUGGGCCACGCCCAGAUCGGUCUCCUUUAGGGGUUUAAUUAAAAAUUUCCGACGAGCAUCCCCACCCUUAUCAUAUGCGGAGUCUCCCCCGGGAUUAUUACAUUAGUGGGUGAUACAACUGUUUCAUGUCGUCUGUUGUAACGGAUGAUAAGGAUGGACAUGGAUUGAAACAUGACUAGGGAAAGUUGGCCAACCUUUUCAACUUUUAAAAUCACCUAAAAAGUCUUAUGAUUAGUGCUCCCUGAAGCGUUUUGUUUAAAUACUGUCUUAAUUAUCUCUAACGGAGCAAUGGUGUAUGAUUAAACGCAGUAAGUAAUGACUUCAACACAGAAUUGACCUAAAACAGAAAAAUCCCUGUUAAAUCUAACGUUUAACAAGGAAAUAACAGGUGCAUCAUUUAAAGGUAGCGCUGGAAGAUUUUCCUUAACUCCCCGCUUUUUUCACUGUGUCUAUCGAACCAAAUCCUUGAAUAUUUAGAGUUGUAACUAGAACUGACUUCAUGCUUUUUUAUUUGUGUAAUGAAUAAUAAAGAUUGGACACCAUGUGAUACAAACCCGUGUCAGAAUGGCGGAACCUGUAUUCCAAACGUUGAUGACUACAGCUGUCAGUGUUUGGAUGAUUCUGUUGGUAAAAACUGUGAACCUCGCAGUACCACAACAAUUCCAGCCACAAGUAUGUUAAUCUUUUUCAUGUUUCCAUAUAGAGCGAUUUUACUUGACCCAUAAAACAGUUAAUAACAACUAGUGCAAAUAGCUGCAAAUGAACAAAAGAAGACAAUAGAAUUCUAAUAGUGCGUAGUAUUCUACUACCUAUUCACGGGUUUAGUAAAUUCACUCUAUACCUUUUAGUAGUCCAGGCAUUCUUUUUUAUACUCUGAAGAAAUUAAAAAAGCACCAUGACUGUUCACUGUCUACAGAACACGGGUAUACGGGUGGCAAUGCGGUCUCUACCGCAAUUAUAGUAUCAAUCAGAGAGAGUCUAAAACAAACUAGUAUUUCAUAUUUUUACCUCUUUUUUCGCAAAACCCUAGUAUCGGCAGGUUGGAAAAUCUUUACCUUUCCAACCCCUCUUGUAUAAACACCCGCUAGAUGCAAAUUGUUACGUGAUUGCAGGAAUAAAACGGGUUCCAACACAUUUCCUUGGGGAAGACCAGACAAAACGGAGACCCAAGAUCAAUAACGUCCACGGAAAAUAACUCGCUGAUAUAUUAUCCUCGUCAACACAGGAACGAGGUUCUUAAUAACAACAAUAAGAAGGACCGCCAUUUCAACUCAGUAGACUAGUUUGAGCGACAGAAAGGUUUUGAGGUUUUUUUUUGUCGUUCUGGGCUACCUUUAAAAGACCUUGACUAUUUUGUCCAUCACGGAAAAAAAUAGAAAGAAUAUAAUACAGAAAUAAAUGCGACGAAAAAACAUCAUCUCAUGUUAACUAAAUAUGCUUUUGUCAGGUAGUAACGUUAAAAUCACAUCAGUCAGCAAUAGCGUUGUAACUUCACAACGUACGAAAGGUAAGACGUUGCUUUCUUUGCAUUCACCAUGUCAAUUUCUCCAAAACCUAUCUCAAAAGUCCCGAAAACAUUUCGGCUCCGAAAAGUUACAAAAUGGUUAGUUAAUUCACCAACAAAUUUAAAGAUUUAUUAAUAGGUUUUUUCUCGAUUCUUUACUUUUGUUGACUUAAAAAUACAACUAUUAAUUAUCGACAAGACAUGUCUGUCGGAUAAGCAAACUUAAUUCUGACCUGCUCUUUGGGAGAGUUGAAUAAGGGCCUGGAAAUAAUAUCUUCAGAUCUGGCAUAUUCAGGGGGGCAUAUUAAACAUCCCAUCAGUUACGUCCUUUACAAUCAAUUUCCUAUUUUGUCGUACCACACUUACCGCGAUCUCCUGCACAAUCUACGUCAGUGCUCCUAAGGAUAGAAACGGAAUCGUAAAGACGCCAUCCGAGAGGGGCUACAAGUAAGAAAGUAAUUUAAUAAAAAGUUUUUGAAGUUGAACAAAUAGCUUGUAGGUACAUGAGCAUCUCCGAAGCGAGCCUUAAGUGACAGGUAUAGCUGCAGGUAUUAGACCUAAUGAUCAGCUUACAAACUCAAUAAGAGACGCAUUAUUUAUCGAAAUAAUUUUUUUUCAGCUCUUUCUGAGAAGAAGUAUGUAAUCGAAACCUCUUCGAUCCUGAAAGUGACUUCAUAUCCUAGCACAUUGGUCUCCAUGGCGAUAACUUCAUCUCCGAGCACAGAGCCAACGGUUACGGUGACACCUUCUUACAAGGAGCCAGGAAUGACACCUGUCCCUACUUCUGUCCCCAGGCCCCUUACGGAGGGUGAAAAAGACGCCAAUAAACAAAGCAACCCAAAAGGUGAUUAUUAUGGUCUUUAAAUACUUCUUUUAGGGGGGUGUGCGGUUCCGGAGUAGGGGUGGGGGGGGCAGCCCCUUCAGCAGUCAAGCAUUUUGAAAUCUUUCCGGCAAAAAGAACAUGACUCGAGCAAUAUUACUUGGGGUAAACCAGGAGGCUCCUGAUAAAACUCAAAAGGGCACGAACCCAAAAAGAGCAAUAAACAAUGACUGUCGUUCCCAAUUUGAAUGCUCACAUGCCAAAUCAAGGAAUGUGGUGUGGAUCAACUCUUGAUCCCAUCGGUUAAUGAAAGAUGUUGAAAAACGUUCCCGUGGCGUCCAUACUGAGUUAGAAUCAUUGAGAACUCUUGAUAUACACCAUUUACACCGACUAAACAUAUCCAAUCAAACCGGGUUUUAAUGAAAAACAGACACGAAACACUGGAAUAUAGGUUUUUACUUUAAAUGAAAUUCAACAUGUCUUGCAAUUUGCACUAAACUGCAAUCAACUCACACGUAAGUCAGUGACCAGUUUUUAUGAAGAAAGCAAUUUUAAACCGUGUUUAACUAAACGUUUACAGUGCGACAGGGAAAAACGAGAACAUCUGAAAUAUGCCAGGAAUAUACGUUAUUUCUACCCAAUCACGGGUCUGAAAUGCACUCGCCAAACCGCAGAGCGUUCACUGUUGUUUGCAAGGCAAGAACUGUGUCGGCUUUCCAUUUUCCUGGUAAUUGAUUUACAGUCGACUUUCGAUAACUCGAGCCUUCAAUGAAAAUCGAAAAAAGUUCGAGUUAUUGGGAGCUGGAAGAAAAUGGCCGGGAGUACUGCACAGUAAACAUUUUAAUCACAUUUAAUUGUAGAAAUGUCAAAUCGAACCAAAAUCGAUUUCCCCUGGAUUUCCGUCAUACAUUUACUGUAAGUUUACCCUCGGUAACUUGAAUCCUCGAUAACUCGAACCUCCCGUUAACUUGAAGUGGUUUUUGUUUUCCCUCCGAUCAUUUCUAUAUAAUUUUACCCUUGAUAACUCGAACCAUGUUUUGAGUCCUUAAAACUUUAGAAAGUCGGUUAAAAAAAGCAGUCUACUGGCGUCCGAAACGUUGAGUUUUGAAUUUUUCAUUGACGUGUUGCCAUAGUUUACUAGUGGAGGCUGACGUUGUUUGUCACAAAUCUAACGUGAAACACGCUCUACUUCUAAAAACAGUAAAACGCAUGCUCUAUUUAGGCUAUGUAUUGUUAAGUUACGUUCUGAUUAAUAAUCUAGAAGUAUCUUUUAAUUUUCACUUAAUGAAUGAUCUACACAGGCCAUAGCCCGCACAGCUCGCGGAGAUAACAAUAACGUAACAACACUCACCUCUUUUUCCCAUUAUCGAUUUAAAAAUUUAAAAGUUUUCUCCUAAAUUUACGUUACAAAACGCAUGGUAAACGCUUAACCUUGUACUGUUGAGUUAUGGAUGCACUCAGGAGACGUCUUGGAAGGAUUACUAAGCUCACAAUAACUCGAGGUAUAGUUUAUUGACGUCAUCAGAGUGCUCAAUAGGAAACAUUCUGGAGCUCGCCGAGGGAUUAUGAUCACCAUGAAUAAGCCAAGGUGAACGCGAUAAAGAGGUGGCUCUCACACAGAUUAGACUUUUUUAUUGUUUGGAGCUUAUAAGAACGCAAAAAAUCACAUUUGUUUGAGAUUUGUUUUCCGUUGCGACCGUUUUGAAUUUUGUGGUUCAAUAUUUAUCGAAAGCUAUACCCGUUUAGGUUUAUCUCUUUCUACUUUUUUGUCUUCACAGGUUUUAAAGUUAUCAAUGUUCUCAUUCCAUUGCUGGUUAUUUUGCUCCUGUUUCUCCUGAUUAUUGUCUUAGUCAUUUGGUUUAAGAAGUAA